GACAGCAGCGUGGAGCAGGGUCACCUGGCGAGGGGGAGGCACAACCACACACCUCCCAGGAUGGGUCUCUGGAGUAGCUGCCUCCAGGCAGGAGGUGAUCCGGUGUGCCAAGUGAGCCUGGCUGGGCUGCCCUCACUGGGAGGGAGAGGAGCUGGGGCCACUGCUGGCUAUAGUCCGGCAUAAGCAGGGCUGUCAGCCCUGGCACUGGGAUCCCCAUGCUCCUGCCAGGCUUGGAGCAUGGGAUAACGUGGCUGUGUUUUUGGGGCUGUUUGGAGGGUGGUUCAUCAUGGCUCAGUGCAGCCCAGCUCAGCGGCGGCCAUGCCAGGGCAGGCAGCUCAGCACCGCAGGAAUGUGGAGCAGCAGGUUGUGCUUGGCUGGGCUGUCCUUGCUGGCCAGGGAAAGGGAUGGGAGCCCACAGUGGGCACCAGUGGCUGUCCUGGGGGGGACCCUAUGUCCUCGUCCCUGUCCCCCAACAGCCGCCUCUGUGUGGCUUAUCCCCAGGGCCGAGCCUCUGGCACUGAGCUGACCUCCAGCACCCACCAUGGGGAGGCAUCCCUGCUUUGCCUUGCCUAGGUAGGCAUGUUUGCACCUCUGUGCCAAGCCAGGGAGCCUUCCCUGCACGAGGCACAGGGUCUGAGGGCAGUGGGGCCAGCCAUUGGCAGGGUGCCACCAUGGGGCAUGGGGUCUGGGCACCACUGGACUCAUGGGGUGCUGCCGCAUGGGCACCUGGCAGCUCCCCAUCACCCCGGGUUUCUGCCACCAGCCCGGGGCUGCCUCUGCCUAUGUCUUUGUGCAACGCAGAGCACAGCCUGGCCCUGCUUCCCAUGGGGGCUGUCAGCACAGCUCUGGGGGGGGCCUGCCUGUCCCUGCCCUUUCCCCAGUGAGGACGUUGGUGCCCAGCACUGCUGGCUCUGUCCCCACAUCGCCCCGUUGCUGGGCUCCCUGCAGAGGGGUGCAGAAAGCUGUCCCCAGGGGGGAAGCAGGAGGGUCUGUGGUGGUGCUGGGACCAUCCCCAGCUGUCCCCACGCCUGGCCGGCCCCCUGCAGACACUUUCCAGGUCAGAAGGCAGCAUGUCCCCUCCCGGAGCCGGGGACUGGGACAGGGGCAGCCAGUCUCCCCCAGGCUGCUCGCCUGUCAGAGCACAUCAGGCGAAUGCACCGUGUGCUGUGGGGUGGCUGCGGAGUGGAGACCCCCUUGGGGUACAGAUUCCGGGGGGCUUGGGCCGACAUGUUGGUGAGCACUGGCUUGCAGAUGGUGCAGCUGUGGCUCAGCAUGGCCGUGGCGUGGUGCUGUGGGUGCUGGGGCUGGCUCCUGCCGCCCGUGGCUGACGCUGGGACGGGCUCUUGGUUGCACCCAGGAAGUCGUGCAGGCUGGCGGGACUGGCGGGCGGCUGGCAGUGACUGUGACAGCAGCCUGCUCAGGGACACCGUGGGACGGAGUGGGGCCACGGCACACUGGCCCCCACCGUGCCCACCCGCCAACAGCACGUGAGCCCCUCGCUGCUCGGGGUGGCUGCCCACCCUGUGCCCCGGUGCUGGCACUGAGGAUGCCCAUCGAGGCACUGCAAGCUGGUGAUGCCAUGAAGGGGGUGACGGUGACGGCGCCCUUCACCUCGGCCAUGCCCAUCCGCAUCCUUCGCAAGGGUCCUGCGUAUUUCCGCCGGCGCACCGAGCCAGGUGCUGGGAAGCCCAGCGCAGUGGAGAGGCUGGAGGCCGACAAAGCCAAGUACGUGAAGAGCCAGAGGGUCGCCAGCACCAAGCAGGAGCCAGUGAAGCCACUGCUGCUCAAGCAGCCCCUCUUCACCCCAGGGGUGCGCCGGGCUGUGCUCACCUCCAGCCGAAGGGCACCCCCAGGGCUGCACCGCACCGAGGCUGGCAGCCCGAAGACCUCCCUUGAUCUGGAGAUCCUGAACAACCUCAUCAACCUCUGCGACAGCCCUUUCCCCAAGGCAGAGAGCCCGCUGGGCAGGGAGCACAAGUGGAGGGUGGAAGCGCCAGCGGCACUGGGUGAUGGGGCGGAUGGUGCCGGCAAGCCACUGGAGAGCCCCGCUGCUGCCAAGCCCCCUGGCAGCAUGGCUGUGCGGAGGGUGGACGUCCGUCCCUGCGGGGCUCCACGGGGCCAGGUGACACUGGUGCCUGCAUCCCCUGUCCCAGGCGGGCUGCCUGCAGCCCCGGCACGGAGCUCACCCACCCGCCCCGAGAGUGCCCGCCGGCAGCCCCUGCUGCAUCGCUCCAAGUCGGACCUGAGCGAUCGGCUUUCGCGGGCCACUGCUGACCUGGAGCGCUUCUUCAACUACUGCGGCCUCGACCCUGAGGAGGUGCAGGACAUGGGCGCCGAGCGCUUUGCCCGUGCCAGCUCUGACAUCGUGUCCCUCAAGUUUCACAGCGUGAGCACGGCCAGCUCGGAGGGCGGCCGCUCACCACCCAGCACUGCCACGCCAGAGGGCCGGCCAGCUGAGCGCGUGCCCUACGGCAUCUCCAUCAUCGAGCGUAACGCCCGUGUCAUCAAGUGGCUGUAUGGGCUGCGCCAGGCCAGGGAGCCUGAGCAGGUCUCCAAUGUGUAGCAGUGCAGUGGUGGCAGCAGGCGCUGGGGACAGGUUGCUCAUCAGCAGGCAAUGCUGGCUGGGGAGGGAGCACAGGCUGUGCCCUAGGAGAAGAGACCUCUCAGCGGUGACUUUCGAACUCAGCACCCUGCCUUGUGCCACGGCGGCACUGGUGUGGUGGCCAGGCACCCUUCCUGCUGACUCUGGCUCCAUCAGAGCCCCGUGCCGGCACUGGAGAGCCAGGUCUCUGCAAGCCCGUGGGAGGGCAGAGGACACAUCCCCGGGUGUGUGGUGGGUCCCUAGCGCCCUUCCCUCACCUGCUCCUGUGGGCAUCCGUGUGCAGUCGGCCUCCCUGUGCUGCCAGAAGCUCCUGCCUGCCCUGCUCCUCACCAGCACCCAUGCGUGGGGGGCAAGAAACUGCUUCCCCCUGUGUGGAGCAGGGACCCAGCCCCAGAGAAGGAGCUGCGCCCUACAGCUUCCACCGUGGGAGGCCACACUGCCAGCGGUGGGGGCUGUAUCCUGAUGACACCUGUCUUAAUGCUGAAAAUGUGGGAGAAGCUGGGUGGUUUUUUUUGGGGAGCCAAACCCAGCCCCUUGCUUCAGCCCAGGGCUCCGUGUGUGUGCGUGCGUGUGUGUUUGUGGGUGCUUGUGUCCCCUCCCAGGUGCCAGUGGGCACACAGCCCCCAGCACGCUGGGCCCCAGUAUUUAUGAAGAUGAUGGUUGUUUUUUCCUCAUUUCCACUGUUUUUCCUGAUGUUUGAUCUGUAAAUAACAAUAAUAACAAUACAGCUAGUUUUAUUAAAUGUCUGUGCUUUGGA